AAUACAGCACAGGUUGUUGCUAGCAUUCCAUAAACAUUGUCGAAAUGAACAUUGCUUGUUACCGAUCUUUCUGAACGUGUAGAAAGACGUCUACUUUAAAAUGCAACUAAAACACAUGAAAACAUUACUGGCUCCCCAGGAUGGGGCAGCAAAGAUCUGUGCAAUUGCAUGGGCGCUGAACAAUAACAAGAUGGCAGUGUGCACAUCCGAUCGGGUCAUCUUGUUAUAUGAUGAACAGGGCGAGAAGAGGGACAAAUUCUCUCUCAAACCUGCAGAUUCAAAGUACGGGAAGAAAAGCUACACUGUGAAAGGCCUAGCAUUUUCUCCUGAUUCCGCCAAACUUGCAGUUGGACAGACUGAUAACAUCAUCUAUGUCUACAAGAUUGGUGAUACUUGGGGAGACAAGAAGGUCAUUUGUAACAAGUUCGUCCAGCAGAGUGCAGUCACGUGUAUGACAUGGCCAGCUGAACAACCAAUCAUCUUUGGACUGGCAGAUGGAAAGGUUCGAGCAGCCAACAUUAGAACAAAUAAAUCUUCAACAGUGUACUCCACAGAGUCCUACGUUGUGUCACUUGCACCAAACCCAUCUGGCAAGGGAUUCCUCUCCGGACACGCUGAUGGCUCCAUCGUCAGAUUCUUCUUUGAUGAUGAAGGCUCUGGUGACAGUCAGGGCAAGAUCUGCACCCACUCCUGUCCUCCGUACGCCCUGGCCUUCUCCCAGAAUGCAGUGGUAGCUGCUGGUUGCGACAAGCGUAUCGUGGCUUACGGUCGUGAUGGACGUAGUUUCCAGCACUUCGACUACACGCGGGACGAUGAGGAGCAUGAAUUCACCACCGCCAUCUGCUCCCCAAGUGGACAGUCUGUUGUUGUUGGCAGUUUUGACAGACUGCGGGUGUUCAACUGGAGCCCCAGGAAGCAGAUGUGGGACGAGCCCAAGCUGAAGGAGAUCCCUAACCUGUACACUAUCACGUCUCUGUGCUGGAAGAAAGAUGGAUCCAAAGUCACUGCGGGAACCUUGUGUGGAGGAGUUGAGUUGUUUGACUGCUGCCUGAAGAGAACUAUCUACAAGAACAAGUUCGAAAUAACUCACGUGGGCCUGAGUCAGGUGAUAGUGAAGAACAUGUCAAGUGGCCAGCGCGUGGUGCUCAAGUCUUUCUAUGGUUAUGAGAUUGAUGAGGUUCGUAUCAUGGGUAAAGACCGCUACCUUGUGGCUCACACAUCGGACACCAUCCUCCUGGGAGACCUGACCUCUGGCAAACUCAGUGAGAUUCCAUGGCAGUCAUCGGGGGGCAACGAGAAAUACUACUUUGAUAACGAGAGUGUGUGCAUGAUCUUCAAUGCUGGAGAGCUGUCUCUCAUUGAAUAUGGAGCCAAUGAGGUUCUAGGAUGUGUGAGGACAGAGUUCAUGAACCCUCAUCUCAUCAGUGUGAGAUUGAAUGAGAGAAAACAGCGUGGUGUCUCCGACAACAAGAAGAUGGCCUACCUGGUGGAUCUCAAGACCAUGGCUAUCAUGGACCUUCUCACUGGGAUGGGACUCGGACAGAUCAGCCAUGACUCCAAGAUCGACUGGCUGGAGAUGAAUGAGACUUGCAGAAAGCUCCUGUUCCGAGACAAGAAACUGAAACUUCACCUGUACGACAUGGAGACGCAGAUGAAGUCCAGCAUCCUCAACUACUGCUCCUAUGUCCAGUGGGUACCCGGUAGUGAUGUGGUUGUGGCUCAGAAUCGUGGCAACCUUUGUGUGUGGUACAACAUCGACGCCCCGGAGAGAGUCACCAUGUUUCCCCUGAAGGGUGAUAUUGUUGACCUUGAGCGGAACGAUGGCAAGACAGACGUGAUUGUCAACGAGGGGGUGACCACCAUCUCCUACACUCUGGAUGAAGGACUCAUUGAGUUUGGCACCGCUAUUGAUGAUGGAGAUCUGGCAAGAGCUGCGGCCUUCUUGGAGACCCUGGAGAUGUCUUCAGAGACGGAGGCCAUGUGGCACUCGCUGUCCAAGAUGGCUGUGGAAGACAGGCAGCUGUACAUUGCAGAGAGGUGUUACUGUGCACUGGGAGACAUAGCCAAGGCUCGCUUCCUGAAGGAGACUCUGAGAAUAGCAGAGGAGGCCGCCAAACACAUGGGUGGCGAUGGACUCAACCACUACAAGGUGCGAGCUCGAAUGGCCAUCAUGGAGAAGAGGUUCAAGGAGGCAGAGUCCAUCUACCUGGAGCAGAACCAUGUCGACGAGGCGAUGGAGAUGUACCAGGAGAUGCACAUGUGGGAUGAGGCAAUUGAGGUGGCGGAGGCAAAGAGUCACCCCGAGCUGGAGACAUUGAGGCGGAACUACUACCAGUGGCUCAUGGAGACCAGCCAGGAGGAGACAGCAGGGGAGGUGAAGGAGCGCGAGGGAGACUACAUGGCGGCAAUCAACCUGUACAUGAAGGCCGGCCUUCCAGCUAAGGCCGCUCGCCUUGCCACCAGCAGGGAUGAACUGAUGUCAAACUCCGACCUUAUCAGCAGGAUUGCCUCAGCUCUCAUCAAGGCAGACCUCUAUGAAAGGGCUGGUGACCUGUAUGAGAAGAUGAAGGACGCCACCAGAGCCAUGGAAUGCUUCAGGAAGGGCAAAGCCUAUAGGAGAGCUGUGGAGCUGGCUCGGUAUGCGUUCCCGGCAGAUGUUGUCAAGCUGGAGGAAGACUGGGGAGACUACCUGGUGACACAGAAGCAGCUGGACCCGGCCAUCAACCACUUCAUCGAGGCAGGAGCCACUCUGAAGGCUGUAGAUGCAGCCAUUGCAUCCCGACAGUGGGCCAAGGCAGUACAGAUUCUGGAGAUGCAGGACUCGUCGAUGGCUUCCCGAUAUUACAAGAAGAUAGCUGACCACUAUGCCUCUGUUGGAGAAUACGAGACAGCCGAGCGGUUCUACGUGGAGGCGAGCUGUACGCGGGAGGCGGUGGACAUGUACAACCAGGCCGGGAUGUGGGAACAGGCUCACAAGCUGGCCUCCACCUACAUGAAGACAGACGAUGUGGCCAACCUCUACGUGUCUCAGGCACGCCAGCUGGAGGAACAGGGCAAGUUCAAGGAUGCAGAGAGGCUGUAUGUGGCUGUGGAGGAGCCGGACCUGGCUAUCACCAUGUACAAGAAGCAACGUCUCUACGGGGACAUGAUCCGCCUGGUGAAGCAGUACCACAAGGACCUCCUGCCCGACACACACCUCCACCUGGCCAGGGAGCUGGAGGGUGAGGGCAAUAUGAGGCAAGCGGAGCAUCACUUCCAGGAGGCCGGGGACUGGAAGGCAGCCGUCAACAUGUACAGGUCACAUGACAGCUGGGACGAGGCAUACCGGGUUGCCAAGGCCCAGGGCGGUGCUACAGCAGCUAAACAGGUGGCUUAUCUCUGGGCCAAGAGUCUGGGAGGGGACUCGGCAGUCAAACUACUCAACAAGUUUGGUCUCUUGGAGGCAGCCAUUGACUAUGCUACGGAAAACUGUGCUUUUGAGUUUGCAUUUGACUUGGGCCGUGUUGCCAUGAAGAACAAACUGCCUGACGUUCACCUCAAGUAUGCCAUGUUCCUGGAAGACGAGGGCAAGUUCCCAGAGGCAGAGGCCGAAUUCAUAAAGGCAUCCAGACCCAAGGAAGCGGUUCUGAUGUACGUCCACAACCAGGACUGGGAUUCGGCGCAGCGUGUUGCAGAAUCCCAUGAUGCUGACUCCGUGGCUGAUGUGUUGGUCGGCCAGGCCAGGUUUGCAUUUGAGGAGAAGGAAUACGCCAAGGCUGAGUCCUUCCUGCUGCGAGCCCAGAGGCCGGAGCUGGCUGUCAAAUACUACCGGGACUCGGGCAUGUGGCAGGAUGCACUGCGAGUGUGUAAGGAGUACGUCCCCCACAAGCUGCAGACGCUCCAGGAUGAGUAUGACAAAGAGAUGACCAACAAGGGACCCAGUGGCAAAGGAGGAGAAGGCUUUGAGGAGGGAGGUGCAGAGUCGAUGAUUAACCAGGCUCGGGAGUGGGAAUCAUCUGGAGAGUAUGCCCGUGCUGUCGAAUGCUAUGUCAAGGUCACCAACAAAAUGACAGAUGAUGUCCGCAUACUGGAGAAGUGCUGGAUGAAGGCUGGUGACCUUGCACUCAAGUUCCUGGGUGCGGAGAAGUCAAAGAUGGUGAUUGAGAUGGUGUGUCCGCGUCUGGCAGAGAUCAACAAACACACUUCAGCUGCGGAGCUGUACCUGGCUACCGACAUGGUGAAGGAGGCCAUCGACAUGUUCAUUGCGUGUGCUGACUGGGGCAAGGCAAAGAAGGUGGCCAAGGAGCUUGAGCCAAGAUACGAGCCAUAUGUUGACGAGCGUUACAAGGAAUACUGCAAGAACCAGGGCAGGGCUGAAGAUCUGGCUAAUGUGGAUGUGAUUGGGGCCCUGGACAUGUAUGCCGAGAAGGGAGAGUGGAACAAGUGCAUUCAGACAGCAGAACAGCAGAACCCCAAAGUUCUCCAUAAGUACAUUGCUCUGUAUGCUACACACCUCAUCAAGGGGGGGACCUCGUCAGAGGCUCUGGGUCUCUACGCCAAAUACGGAGCUCCAGCUAAUGCUCAGAACUACAACAUCUACAAGCGGCUGUUCAGUGAUGUGGUCAGUCAGCGGGACCUCAACAAACCGGAAGCAUUCAGGACGUGGGCGGACCUUCGUGACAUGCUGUUUGACGUGUGUGAGAACAUAUCCAAGUCUCCAGAUGCUAACUCCCCCAACCAUGAGGAGUUUGAGACACUGCUGCUCAUCGCCCACUACUACGCUACCCGGUCAGCCUCCCUAGGUCAGAAGUCGCUGGACACCGUCGCUGCCCGUAUCUGUGUGUCCUUGCUUCGCCAUACUGAUGUCAUCCCUGCAGACAAGGCUUUCUAUGAGGCAGGGAUUAUGUGCAGGAACAACGGCUGGGAGAACAUGGCCUUCGUGUUCCUGAACAGAUACUUGGAUAUUGCAGAGGCUAUUGAGGAAGGGACACUAGACAUGCUGGACCACAGUGACUUCCAAGACACAGACAUCCCCUUCGAGAUCCCCCUCCCAGAGAAACCGUAUCUGUCCAGCGGCCAGCACGAGGAGCUGAAGGAGUGGGUCCUCACAGUGUCCAUGAACAGGAAGGUGGAGCAGAUCCUCCCCAAGGAUGAGAGGAACACGUACGAGGCCUCGCUGGUUGCCACAGACACGGGCAUACGCUCUAUGCCUUGUGUGAUUACAGGGUACCCCGUCCUGCGGAACAAGGUGGAGUUUAAGCAUCCUGGCAAGACGGCCAACAAGGAUGACUGGAACAAGUUCCUUAUGGCCACAAAGGUGUCACACAGUCCUGAGCUGCAAGAUGUCCUCAAGUUCAUUGGCUCUUGGUGUGGAGCGACCCCCAACCCAAGCUACUCCUUCCAGUAGGGGGAGACAACUCCUUCCUUUGGGGGAGACAACUCUUCUCCCUGGUGGGAUUCUCAGCUGUGAUAGAUAACACUGACAGUUAUACAGUUGUCGACUCUGUUGUAUUCCUUGUUAUCACUACAUUCCGUCCUCACAAAGUGACAGUUUAACACACAGUGUCAUUCAUUAUCAUAUACUCCAUACUGUGUAGUUUUGAACGUAUUUUUUGACAGCAAUUCACAGAUAACUAUUUAUUGAUUGUUAUACAUGAAUGGUUUCACCAGUCCUUGGAUGUGUACUGUUAUAGAUAUUUGCCUUAUUGUAAAGUGCUUUAACCGCCAUGUUUGCUCAGUAGUCAACUUUUGUUACAAUAUUUACAGAAAUGUAAAUCAAACAAACACAAAAGUGAAAUUAUGGCCCCAAGUUUGGGAUGUUAAUGAAGGAAGUAAACAAUCUACUUUAUAUGUACCCUAGGUCACUUGUAACAUUCAUCAGAAUAUUGUUACAUAUAUUAUAACAUCCGUCAUUAUAUUGUUAUGAAAAUUACAUAUUCAUAAUGUAUGUGAUUGAUACUUUUUACAGUAUGAUGAAAAAUGGUGUUUGUUAUUGAAUUUCAUUAAAGAGAAUUGUAAAUAUA